UCUCUGUCCCUGUAACGCUCCUCUCUCUCUCUCUCUCUCUCUCUCUCUCUCUCUCUCUCUCUCUGUAAUAAACCCAUCUUCCUCGCACUGCAAGAACCCUCUUCCAUUGCAAGAAUUCCUACUUCUCAGCUUCGCCAUUUCUAAUUUUUUUCUAGGACUUGGAUCAGUUGUAUAUAUAACUUACAAGAAUGGCUGUUGGAGCUCCAAGUACCCCUGCUUCAAAGAUGGAUGGUAGCAGGACACCAGCAUCUACCCCUGGCGGGUUCAAGUCCAAAGCUCGCGAGGAGAAGAUUUUUGUCACUGUCCGCGUAAGGCCUCUGAGUAGGAAAGAACAGAUAGUGAAGGACCAAGUCGCAUGGGAAUGUGCUGACGAUCACACCAUCCUGUUUAAAGAGUCCCAGGAGCGCUCAAGUGCUCCGACCUCUUAUACUUUUGAUAGAGUGUUCGGGCCAGCGUGUUUGACUGAGAAAGUGUAUGCUGAAGGAGCAAAAGACGUCGCGCUAUCAGCACUGAAGGGCAUCAAUGCGACUAUCUUUGCUUAUGGUCAGACAAGCAGUGGAAAAACUUACACGAUGAGGGGAAUCACAGAAUGUGCUAUAAAUGAUAUAUAUCAAUAUAUAUGCAAUACUCCACAGAGAGAUUUUACUAUAAAGAUAUCUGCAUUGGAGAUAUACAAUGAGAUAGUUCGGGACCUACUACAUCCAGACUCUGGCCCACUUCGGCUCUUGGACGACCCAGAGAAAGGGACGGUGGUAGAAAAGCUGGUCGAACAAACUGCCAACAACAGCCGUCAUUUGCAGGAAUUGAUUAGCAUGUGUGAAGCACAAAGGCAGGUGGGUGAAACUGCCCUGAAUGAUGUGAGCUCCAGGUCACAUCAAAUCAUAAGGCUGACCAUAGAAAGUAGCCUACGUGAAAAUUCAGGGUGUGUAAAGUCCUUUGUUGCGAACCUUAACCUCGUGGAUCUUGCGGGAAGUGAAAGAGCAUCCCAGACGCAUGCAGACGGGGCGAGGCUCAAGGAAGGUUCACACAUUAAUAAGAGUUUGCUGACUCUAACGACAGUGAUCAGAAAGCUCAGUGUCGGGAAAAGAAGCGAACAUAUACCCUACCGAGAUUCGAAGCUCACACGUAUAUUGCAGCUCUCGCUUGGUGGGAAUUCUCGGACUGCCAUCAUCUGUACAAUGAGCCCAGCACUGAGGCAUGUUGAACAGUCGCGGAACACUCUCUCCUUUGCAACCCGAGCCAAGGAAGUCACAAACAGCGCCCAUGUGAACAUGGUUGUUUCGGACAAGCAAUUGGUGAAACAUCUACAGAAGGAAGUAGCCAGGCUUGAAGCAGAACUACGAACACCAGAACCAUCUUCAUGUACGGAAGCUUUGUUGAUAGAAAAAGACAUGAAGAUUCAGAAGUUGGAAACGGAAGUAGAACAGCUAAGGCGACAACUUGAAAUGCAGAGGAAAGCACAUGAGGAGCAGCCAGGAUUGAACCCGUUCGACUCACCUCGUCCUGUAGCCAAAUGCCUCUCGUUUUCCGGUCUAUCAUCUCCAAACAAUGAUAUCAAAGGGCUCGUCCGGGGUGACAAAGCUCGUAAAACGAUGGGAAGGCAGACCUUGAGGCAAUCGGCUGCUGCUCCAUUCACGCUUGUGCAUGAAAUCCGCAAGCUUGAGCAGCUGCAAGAGCAGCUUGGUGAAGAAGCGAACCGAGCUCUUGAAGUGCUACAGAAAGAAGUCGCGUGCCAUAGGCUAGGAAACCAAGAUGCAGCUGAGACCAUUGCAAAACUGCAGGCUGAAAUUAGAGAAAUGCGGACGGUUAAGUCCUUAACAAAGAGUGUCAAUGGCAUUGGGGAGAUGGGUAUCAACCAGAGCGUUAGCGCAAACCUCAAGGAAGAGAUCACAAGACUUCAUUCGCAAGGAAACACCAUCGCCAAUCUCGAAGAACAGCUUGAGAGCGUCCAAAAGUCAAUAGAUAAGCUUGUAAUGUCACUCCCAAGCAAUAACCAAUUAAACGAGCCGACACCCAAAUCACAUAAUCAAUUGAAGAAGAAGAAAGUACUUCCGUUGGCUUUGAGUAAUAAUGGCAACAUGAAUCUUAUAAGGUAUCCAUGCUCUCCUCUCUCGUCAUCUAGGCAGGUUUUGGAGUGUGAAACUGAGAACAAGGCUCCAGAGAGCGACGACAUUGUGUUGGCGGAGACGUUGAAUGGUUCCGAGAAAGCAACGCCAACCAAGAGCGAAGAUGGUGGGGAUGUGUCAUCGAGGGAGAGCACGCCGUGCUACAAGCGUUCGAGCUCUGUCAACAUGCGGAAAAUGCAGAAGAUGUUUCAAAAUGCAGCUGAAGAGAAUGUUCGUAGCAUUCGGGCAUACGUUACUGAACUGAAAGAGCGGGUCGCAAAGCUGCAGUACCAGAAGCAGCUCCUUGUUUGCCAGGUGCUGGAAUUAGAAGCCAAUGAAGGCGCAGGAUGCGAGAUGGAGGGCGACGAGGAUGCAUCUGAGCUACAGAAAUCACCAGCAUCGUGGCACUGCAUGUUCAUGGAACAAAGGCAGCAGAUCAUUCAGUUGUGGGACGUUUGUUAUGUGUCCAUCGUACACAGAACACAGUUCUACAUGCUAUUCAAGGGUGACCCAGCUGAUCAGAUCUAUAUGGAAGUGGAACUUCGGCGCUUGACUUGGUUGCAGCAGCACCUGGCAGAGCUCGGAAAUGCCAGCCCAGUCCACUUCGGAGAUGAGCCCACAGUUUCAUUAUCAUCAAGUAAGCGAGCGCUGAAGCAUGAGAGGGAUUUCCUUGCAAAGCGGAUGAACUCAAGGUUGACGGAAGAGGAGCGAGAACUCUUAUACAUCAAAUGGGAUGUCCCACUUGAUGCAAAGCAGCGGAAGCUGCAGCUUGUAAGCAAGUUGUGGACGGAUCCUAACGAUGCAGAGCAUAUCAAGGACAGUGCAGAGAUCGUAGCCCGGUUGGUUGGUUUUGGUGAAGGUGGGAAUGCGAAGGAGAUGUUUGAGCUGAACUAUGCGAUCCCAGCAGGCAGGAAGCCGUGGCUUCUUGGGUGGAAUCCGAUUUCGAACCUUCUACAUCUGUAAGAAGAAGAUCUUUGUACAUAAAUGAACCAUAUGGGAGUCCAUGUUUGUGAUCAUCGCUUCUGUUUGCAUCUGUAAGAAGAUCUUUGUUUUUUUUUAAUUUUUGAUAUUCUCCUGUUGUUCUUUAAUGAAUAAUUCAAUUCAUUAUCUUCUUCA